AUGGCAGCAAAGGCUAAGCUCAAUGUGCAUAACUUCCCUCGACCACCACUUUUGGAAUUGACGGCUCGACGACUCGUAAUCAAAUGGGGCAAGGAUACUGUAACCGACACAACGUCGGGAUACUGGGCUUUGGAAACAACCCACCCCCCUACAUAUUACAUCCCACGUGAUUCCAUCACCGACUCCUUCAAACUUACUCAGGUACCAAACAAGGCAUCGCUAUGUGAAUGGAAGGGGAAGGCUACAUACUGGAGCCUGACCAAGAAGAGUACUGGAGAGCAGGUUAGCAGCAAGAUUUGGAGCUACGAAUCUCCCACUCCGGCGUUCAGGGACAUCGAGGGCUAUCUCUCCUUCUAUGCUAGCGGUGUACCUUGGGAGUGCUAUGUUGACGAUGAGAAGGUGGCACCACAGGAAGGUGACUUUUAUGGUGGUUGGGUGACGAGUGAAUUGGAAGGACCGAUGAAGGGAGGCGCGGGCACCUGGGGCUGGUAG